GAGGGAUUAAUCACAUCCUGUAGAUAGUCAAUGUCAAAAGAAAAGAAUUCCAGAUGGAGCGAAGCACGCUAUGUUAAUAUGGAGAUUCCAAGCUAUAUUCCAUCCGAAGCCCUAGUUCACGAGAACGGCCAAUUUGUUCGAGCUUUUUUGCUUCGAGCAGUGGCCAAUGAUAUGCAGCGCAUGUUACAAACAAAUACCUGUGACUUGUACUUUCGCAACAUUCCUGUCGUGCCCGAGUACGACGCGAAUGGCAAUCGCACCAACACCCCACACAAUAUGCUAGCAGAAAAGAGACUCAGAAUCAUUGACGAGAUUGGGCGUCUCAACCGCACUUACGUUGAGCUAGACAACGCGGCUAAAGCGAAAGAAAUUUCUCGCAAAAUCUAUUUUACAGAUGCACAAAUGGAGACAGGGGAGUGGGGAGCUAUCCUGGGCGCCCGGGGCAGCGUUCAUCAACAAUUGGAGAAGGAGACAAAAUGUAAGAUUGUUUUGGCAGGGCGGGGCAUCACAAAUCCCUUGAAAGAUACAAGCCCGAACGCGGCUUCCUUGUCGUUGGAAGAUCCUCAUGUCCGCAUCACUGCUUCAAGCGAAGUGGAUCUUCAGAAUGCGGCAGAGCGGAUCGAGUGGAUCCUGUCCGAUGACCCCGAGGCAGUGGAAUUCCGGGAAAAGAACCGGCGCCGUAUGGCUCAGGUCGAAGGUCGCUACGAUCCUCGUACCUGGGUAUCAUCGAGCGCACUACGCUCUGCGGACGGUAAGGGUGUUGGAAAAUCAGAGAACGCGGCUGUGCCCGUGAUCGACGAGGAGCUCGAUAAAUUUCUGGAAGAUUUGGAAUAG